AUGUAUAUGCUCCUGAUAGUAAUUUCAUUAUUAUCCAUUGAAAGUAUUGGAGAGAUAAUAGGUGAUCGAGUUGUUGCAUGUCACAGCUGUCCAGGUAGUAAUCCAAACUGUGAAGAUAUAUGCGAAGGACGAUACUGUUACAAAGCAGAAUUUAUCGCUAAUGGAUAUACGACAGUGAAACGUGGUUGUCUGAAUGAGACAGAUGGUGGUAUUCAAGUUGGUUUGUGUGAGGAAACACCUUCCAAUUUACCGGGAUCAGAUCUUCAUGCUGUCGAAAGAAUGUGCGUUUGCACAACAGAUAAGUGCAACUCAGCUUCGACCCAUUUUGCUGUCAUUAAUUUAAUCGCAAUUGCAUUAUUCAUUUUUUAUAUUCUACGAUUGUAA